CCAAGAAAACCCAUCCAACCCAAACCCGAAAGAGACCCACAGAAGUUUUAGGGUUUUGUUAUAGCGUGAAGUGAUGCCCUUUAAAUCCCCGCACAAAGUACAUGCUCAAAGCCGCUUCCUGCUGAAACGACGGAGAGAGAGAGUUUUCUACAACUGAGUGUUUUCAGGUAAGUCAUGGUGAAGCAUAACAAUGUCGUGCCUAAUGGGCACUUUAAGAAGCAUUGGCAAAACUAUGUCAAGACAUGGUUUAACCAACCUGCUAGAAAGACGAGGAGACGCGCCGCUCGCCAAAAGAAAGCUGUGAAGAUCUUUCCUCGGCCCACAGCAGGACCUCUUCGUCCGAUUGUCCAUGGACAGACUUUGAAGUAUAAUAUGAAAUUGAGGGCUGGUAGAGGGUUCACUCUUGAAGAACUCAAGGCUGCUGGUAUUCCAAAGAAGCUUGCCCCUACUAUUGGAAUAGCUGUUGACCAUCGAAGAAAGAACCGAUCAUUGGAAGGCCUACAAGCCAAUGUUCAGAGGCUAAAGACCUACAAGGCCAAAUUGGUUGUUUUCCCAAGACGAGCUCGCAAGUUCAAGGCUGGUGACUCUGCUGCUGAGGAGUUGGCAACAGCAACUCAAGUCCAAGGGCAAUACAUGCCUAUUGCACGUGAGAAGCCAUCCGUCGAGCUUGUUAAGGUUACAGAAGAGAUGAAGUCAUUCAAAGCAUAUGACAAAUUGCGUGUGGAGAGGAUGAACCAGCGCCAUCUUGGUGCUAGAAUGAAGAAGGCUGCAGAGGCUGAGAAAGAAGAAAAGAAGUAAGGGGGUUUGACACAUUCAAUCACAAUUUGGGGGGGUGUUGAUGUGGGACAGCCUUUUGAAUUUCUGCUCGAUAAUGUUCACUGGAACUUUUGCAAGUCAUUAGUUUUAGCCUUCACAAGGUUAAUUGAGUUGAAGUAUUUAUUUAAUGUUAUAUAUACUAUGAUGGUUGGAAGGAUCUCCAAUUUUGUUUCUGAAUCGACUGUUGAAUGAAGUAGAUUGUGUCACUACUUGAGCA